GCUGCCUUCUCCGUGGCCCGUGGGUGAAACCCAUCGGCUCCCCGCUCCUCCCUGCGCCGCUCCUCCGGUCCUCCCUGCUCCCUGCGCCGCUCUCCCAGCUCCUUCCGGCCGGCCGUCAGUGCAGCACUUGUGCCCCUCCAAUCGCGCCCUCGGCCGGCUCGGGGCAGGGCGGCUGCGAUCGGGGCAGGCCGGCGGCGCCCGCUCGGCGGGGAAGGGCAAACGGUGGGCUAGGCAACCCAAGCAGCGAAGGGAUCCAACUCCAACUCCGGUGGCGGAGGGCGGCCCAAGCGCUGGCGACCUGGCGUGCAAAGCAUCCACCGCUGCUGUGCUAGCGUAGCGUGGCGAGGCGAGCGGCGAUUCCUUGAGAGAAGCUGUAGAUUUCGCUCCAGACCCAGCCCUGGGGAUUGCAGCGCCGGCGGUCAUGCCACCGACGGAGGGCCUGGAGGCGGCCAUCGCCGAGCUCCCCGCGAAGAAGGAAGUCCUGCGCCAGGCCUUCGACUGCCUCGCCGCCUGCUCGCCCUACCCGCUCCCCUUCACAUGGGAGGAGCUCGACGCCCACGUCUCCUCCAUCCACUCCUCCAUCUCGCGCCGGUUCCGACAGCUGCAGGUCCUUGAGGCCGCCCGCCCUGCCCACACUGCUAAGAACCAGGAAGAGGCUGAAGAGGUGGAGGAAGAAGAGGAGGAGGUGGAGGAAGAAGUAGAGGAGGAGGAGGAGGAGCAAGAAGAAGAGGAAGGUGAAGAGGGGGAGGAGGAAGUAGAAGAGGAGGAUAUUGGGGAAGAGGAAGAGGAAGAGGAAGAAGAGGAGGAGGUGGAGGAAGUAGAAGAGGAGGAUGUGGGGGAAGAGGAAGAAGAGGGGGAAGAGGAGGCCGACAAGGAAGUGAAGGAUGCCAACAUCGGCAAUCAGGCCAAGGAUGACAACGAGGGCGGCGUGGGUGAGGAGCAGGAUGCCAAUGAGGAGGCAGUGUCUAUCCAGGUAUCCGCAGGGCAGGACAAUGAGGCUGAAUGGGGGAUGCAGGAGGUCGACGAGGAUGCGCAGGAGGACAGAGAAGAGGAGCAGGAUACCGAAGAGGAGAUGAUUGGAAAGAUGACUAAGAAACAGCUUCGACGGCUUCCUCCAUGUGGGAGGAAGGAUCUUGUAGCGGCAUGUGAGAGAAUGGAUGCACGGAUGCUGGCCCAGUUCGUGAUAUGUGUCGGUGGCAUCCUCAAGAAAAAGUUUCUGGACUCAAUGUUCCAUGCCCCAGAUCCAGCGGCACUUGUUCUCCAAGUGGUCAAGCUAUUCCUGUCCAGCAAGAAGUUCAAGUGUGCCAAGGUCUGGUUGAAAUGUGCCAGGCUGAUUCGUUGGUUGUCUAUGGCGUCUGCCAAACCUUCUGCAGACACAACAGAGGAGGCCAAGCUGGUGGCAAAGGAUUGGAAGGAAAUGGUUGACGGGAAGGGUUCUUGUGGGGAACUUGACCCGCCGGCUGCUUGGGGCCUUCUCCAAUUCCUCAUAUCUUAUAAUAUUGUAUCUGAAUUCAAUAUUCAUGAGAUCAUCCGUAUCUUUGCUAUGGUUCAUCAUAAAUAUAAUAAGAAAAACAUUGUCAACUUUUGCAAGGAUCUUGGGCUCACAGAUCAGAUCACAGAUUUAAUUGACUAUCUGAUUGGAAAUGGGCAACAUAUCGAAGCUUUUCGUAUGGUACAAGCUUUUAAUUUGGAGGACACGUAUCCUCUAUUUUCUCUUCUGAAGGGAUUACUUGAAAAGGUCAAGCGUACAUUGAACUUGGCUACACCGAAGGAAGUUAAAGAAAAUCUGUGGGUUGCACGUCAUCUAGCUGAGAAGGAACUCGCUGAUUCUAGCCAACGCGGUGCUAUCAUGGCAGAAAUUGGAUAUCUGCUAGGUAAAUGUGCAAAGGAGCGUAAGCAGAUCAACACGAAGCGCAAGAAAGAGGAGCAGGAGCGCCAUGAGGGACAACACAGCGAGCAGCUGCAGGAACUGAAUCAAAACAAGUUAAUUCAAGGGAAGCAGCAUCCACUGUUUCAACAAGAAAAUAUAGCGCAAGUGACACAGCAGCAACAGGAUGCCAAACGACCAAGGCAGGCUGCUCUUAAGCUACCAACACCCACCAUUCCUCUGGUUCCAAAUGUAGCUCAGAUCCAAAACUUUGGUUGUCCACCGUAUGUCGCUAUGCCUGGAAUUGACAGAUACUGUGCCCAGCCAGGUUGGCCUGGAGCUAAAAAAUAUCGUGGCAAAACAAGGGUGUGCUACAGAUGCAAAGAAAAAGGCCACCUCAUUGCUGCAUGCCCUAUUCAACAAAGUGAGGUUAGAUCUAACUUAACCGGUCGGACCGGUUGGUGCCCAGAGAGCCCAACCUAACUCCUACAAGAGCAAGCAAGAGCCAAGAACAGUGGUGAAGCUCAAGGUGGAGCAAGUGCAAAAUUUCAAGGAUGAUUUUGAGUCAAAACCACCUCAGUAUAUGAUUCCGCCAUUUUGCCCUUUCCCCCCUCACCCUCCGUUCUGGCCCAGAUAGCAUAGAAGUUCUGCACUGGAUUGCUUAGUAACACAAUGAAACAGCCAUCUUCUGGCUGCCAUCUGCCAUUCGGGGAUCCAGCUUGUAAAUAAACCUGUCAUUGUUCGGGUCUUUUUUUAUGGUUCUCUGCCGUAGAUUGCAUCUAUGAAGGCCACCUCAUUGCUGCAUGCCCUACUGGGUUGAGCCCUCUGCAGGGGAGGGGGGGUACUUCUUUUUCCUGGAAACUGUGUCGAACUUUGUAAUUUCGUUACCCAAAAGCAAUGAAAUUCAGGCAAGGCCUUUCCCUGGGGGAAAAAAGAAACAAACAAAA